AUGGCAGUGUAUAACUCAAAGAAAGCAAAUUUAACUGCUGGAAGAAAGGAAAGAAUGAAGUUGCCAAUUACUGAUGGUGGUUAUCGCAUCAGUGAAUUUCUAAGUCACCCAUUUGGAAUUCAAGCUAUGUUGAACACAAGGAGUUUGCAAAGUUUUCAGUCACUUGAUGCCAACACGUAUAGGUGCAUUUUGCCAAAAGUUGAACUUCUUAACUUUGAAGCAGCACCUGUGCUAGACUUACGAGUUACCCCAUCGGAUGAAGAUUGCACUGUCGAGAUGAUUUCUUGCAAGGUAGAAUCAACCAAUUUUCAAGGUUCAGAGCUUGUGGAACGCCAAAAUGACCGUUUUUCAGCUUUCAUGAUGAACUAUAUGACUUGGAACACAAGUGCUUCUGAACCAUUUUUGGAGGUUGACGUGAAGUUGAAUCUCAUGCUUGAGAUUUACACUCAGCCCUUUAUUUUGCUGCCAACAUCUGCUGUUGAGAGUGCUGGAAAUUUAGUUAUGCAAGCUGUACUGGAUAGGCUCGUACCAUUACUUCUGGAGCAACUACUGCUAGACUAUAACAAGUGGGCAAAUCAACAACCUGCAACUAUUCGUGGCUAG